AUGAAAUACUCCGCAACAAGGUGGCCGCUGCUGAGAAGAUGGCACCCCCUGAAAAGAUACUGCCACCAGCAAAGGAGUCAGAACAUAUUGUCUCCAUCGUACCAAAGCACAGGUCCCUAACAGACAGACGGCAGCUGGAAAAUCAUGAUGUAUUGAUAAAAUGCCUCAUGGAAGAGAAACGAUUCGACAAGAACAAGUCAGUUGCUGCCUGUAUUGUGUACAAAGCACUACUUCAUUGGAGAUCCUUCGAAGCAGAAAAGACAAAUAUAUUUGAUAGGAUUAUCCACACAAUACGAUCCUCAGUAGAGAGCCAAGACAAAAUCUGUGAUCUGGCAUACUGGCUCUCAGCAACUUCUACCCUUCUGUUCUUCCUGCAAAGCAAACUCAAGGGUAGCAAUUCAAGUAACGCAGCUAAAUAUCGUAACCAAGCCUCUUCAGCAAGCUUGUUUGGCAGAAAGCCACAAGGGUUCUGUUCAUCUUCGAUUGUCAUGGGAAUGUCAAGUGGAUACAGUGGAAUGGCGGGAAAAGCAAAUGAGCUACCAAAGGUGGAAGCUAAAUAUCCAGCCCUACUAUUUAAGCAACAUCUAACUGCAUAUGUAGAGAAAAUAUAUGGAAUGAUCCGUGACAGUUUAAAGAAAGAGAUCAGUCCACUCCUAAAUCUGUGCAUUCAGACACCAAGAUCAGCCAGAGCAAGAACGAUGAGAGGAUCAUCUAAGUAUAUUCACUCAACCAUAAUUGCAAAACAACAAGCAUCAAAUAUUCACUGGCAAAGCAUCAUUAAUAAGUUCGAUAAUUUUUUGGGCAUUAUGUCCGAGAACUAUGUCCCAUCUGUGAUCAAAAGAAAAAUCUUUUGUCAGGUGUUCUCAUACAUAAAUGUUCAGCUCUUUAAUAGCUUAUUGCUUCGACGUGAGUGCUGCUCAUUCAGCAAUGGAGAAUAUUUGAAGGCAGGUUUGCAUGAAUUUGGACAGUGGUGUUUAAACGCGACAAACCAGGUAAGCUAUUAUGACCCUCAACGGUGCGAAGACUGGAAAGAGCAGAAAAGAUAUUGUUGUAACACUGUUGAGUUAUCAGACGAAGAGAAAAUAGAUUUGAGUUAUCAGAUAACAGGUCGAGGGAGGAAGAGAGAACAGGAGAAGAGAAGAUCCUAA